ACCCAUACGUGGCGCACUCUCAUUGGACCGCUCUUUUAUUGUUUCUCUCUCUCUCUCUUCUCCGGGGUUUCGACGAAACCUAAGACUCUCCUCUCUCGAACACUCUCGAUGUUCUCUCUCUCUAUCUUCUCUCUCGACGAUGCCGGCUUCUGCGUCUCUCUCGAUGAGUCCGUCGCGUGUCUGAGUCCGUCAUCUCUCUCGUUCGGUCCGGCUUCUCCGUCCCUCCAUCUUCUCUCUCGCUCCGUCCCUGUGUCUUCUCUGUCAAUCGGUGAUCGGAAACGGUUCCACUUCCUCCCGAAGCUUCUCUUCCGGCAGCUCUCCGAGACAGAGUCCUCCCCUUUUACGUAUCUUCUCGCCGACGUCUCUCAUCCGUAAGGGUCUGCUUAUUUUUCAAAAAAAAUAUUUUUUGCCAUUUGGGUUUUUCUGAAAUUGUUGUUAUCUCAUAGAGAUGUGUUUUAGAACUUGUCUGUGUUUGAUCCUUGUUUCGUGGUUGUUGUCUGAAACUUGCAUGUGUGUUUGAUCCGUAUGAAUGUGAUCCGUUUGAAACAUGAUUCAUAAGAAAACAAAUGAUUUUAAGCACUCCAUAGGAGUUCUCCCAUUGGAGGAGGAAAACUAUAGAGCCACUAACUAAGGUCCUAAACUUACCAACUCACAUCAAAUAUUCUUAAUUUAAUCAUUAGGACCUCUAAUGGGUCCUAAUGGAUGGAGAUGGUCUAAGAGUUGUUACAUGUCACUCGUCUAUAAAGGGUGGUGUACUUAUCGUCUCGAUCCAAUUUUACGAAGCGAGGCGGCUCAACGCUACCUCAUCUCUCUCAGGUAUUUCAACGAACAGAAAAUGAGAUUAUUCAGAUUCAUAACGAUUUUGAAAAGGGAUAUGAUCAUCGAAUCCUUCGUUCAAUUCUGGAGAUAUACGUUGAAGUUGAUGUCAAGAUUUAGUUUUUUUUUUCCUCUUCAAGUGGGCUGGUAAAAGAAGAAACUUUCAACACGGUUCAUCCACUUACAUCACACCUUCAUACUAUGCUUGAAGUAGCUACGCUUUGUGGCAGCUUACUCAGUGGACAACGACUUUUCAUAUUGGCUCCCACCAGCGUGGACUUGGACUUCUCUGUGUUAAGACUUGACCUUAACCACUAAUUUACAUUGAAUUUGAUAAGGUGAUACUUCCUCAGAACAACUUUAGAGACAUUUUUAUUGCUAAACUAUCCAUCUUCCAAGUGCCUAAUUCCUGAAGCUAUGUUGUGGCCACACGGCAUCUUUAUCACUCUUUUAACUUUAUCCUUCUUGUUAGGACGAUCAUGCUGUGCAACCGACACGCUGCUGCAGGGACAGUACUUGAAAGAUGGGCAAGAGCUCGUUUCAGCUUUCAACAUCUUCAAGCUCAAGUUUUUCAGCUUCGAGAACUCAAGCAACUUGUAUCUUGGAAUCUGGUACAACGAUUUGUAUCUUAAUGGUAAUAAGCAGUAUGCUCAUAUCCAGGACAGAGCUGUCUGGAUUGCUAACCGUAACAGUCCAAUUCCGGGGCGUUCUGGAAGCCUCACGGUUGACUCACUCGGCAGAUUGAAGAUCUUAGGAGGAGCUUCAAAAAGCCUGCUUGAGAUAACUUCCACGGAAACCACUGGAAACACGACGCUUAAGCUGUUGGAUACAGGAAAUCUUCAGCUUCAGGAGAUGGAUUCUGAUGGAUCGGUGAGGAGGAUUGUGUGGGAAAGUUUUGAUUAUCCGACGGAUACCUUUCUCCCUGGAAUGAAACUUGGUUUCAAUGUCAAGACUGGAAAGAGAUGGGAGCUGACGUCAUGGCUAGGUGAUACUUUACCUGCUUCUGGAUCUUUUGUCUUUGGAAUGGAUGCUAACAUUACGAACCGGUUGAUCAUCUUGUGGCGUGGAAACAUGUAUUGGGCAAGUGGGCUUUGGUUUAAGGAUCGGUUCUCCUUGGAGGAGUUUAACAGCUAUGAGUUCGUCUUCUCUUAUGUUUCAACCGAGAGUGAACACUAUUUUAUGUUAUCGGUGGAUCGCCACUAUAGUGAUACAGUAUUCCCCACGAUAACGAUAGACCAAAAGGGCAUUUUGCAUAUAAACAGGCUUGAUAGAGAGGUCACUCAUGUCCGCUGUUCUCCUUUCACUAUCGGUGAAGAGGUUGAUAAUGAAUGUUAUAGGAAGGAUCCGAGGAUGUGUUUGAACGCAGGUUGCAUAGUCCCUGAUAUGCUAUCGGGGCACAGGAACUGUUCGCCCUCUGGUUAUACCUAUUUUAGAGAGACAGUAUCAGCCUUCUCAAGCAAUGGGUUUGUACUUAAUGAGACUGGUGGAAGGCUCAGUUCAGCUGAUUGCCGUGCUAUGUGUAUACAAAACUGUUCUUGUCUUGCUUAUGCUUCAACCAAUGGGGAUGGUACGGGCUGCGAGAUCUGGAAUACUGAUCCUACCAACAAAAGGUCGUCUUCUCAUAGUCCCAGAACUAUACAUGUUCUUGUAAAAGGAUAUGUGGUAGACCGAGAGAACGAAAGGGCGCCGACUUGGCUAGUUGUUGUGGCAUCACUGUUCCUAAUGAUACCUGUAACUUGGUUCAUCAUCUAUCUUUUUCUUAGGAAAUUUAAAGUAAAAGUAACAAUCAUAUUUCGUGGAAUGUUCUACUUCUUAUGGGGGGAAAUUAUUCCACAAAUGACUGGUUGCAUACGAAGGAGGCUUCAAACACUGAGGGUUGGUUCAACAAUAGACCAAGAAAUGCUACUACGUGAACUCGGAAUUGAUAGGAGAGGCCGCCGGCACAGGAGAAGUGCAAGGAAGAAUAGUAAUAAUGAGCUUCAGAUCUUUAGUUUUGAAACUGUAGCGUUGGCAACAGAUUACUUCUCCGAUGCAAACAAGCUUGGUGAAGGUGGUUUUGGUCCUGUAUAUAAGGGGAGAUUAAUAGAUGGGGAAGAAGUGGCUAUUAAGCGACUAUCAAUAGCAUCAGGGCAAGGAUUAGUGGAGUUCAAGAACGAAGCUAUGCUUAUCGCCAAACUUCAACACACAAAUCUUGUUCAGCUGCUAGGAUGUUGCAUCGAGAAGGAUGAGAAAAUGUUGGUUUACGAAUACAUGCCCAACAAGAGCCUUGACUACUUCCUCUUUGACCCAUUGAGGAAAAACGUUUUGGAUUGGACGCUGCGGUUCAUGAUCAUGGAAGGGAUCAUUCAAGGUCUUUUGUACCUUCACAAGUACUCAAGAUUGAAAGUGAUACACAGAGACAUCAAAGCCAGUAACAUUUUGCUAGACGAGGAUAUGAAUCCCAAAAUAUCUGAUUUUGGGAUGGCUCGGAUAUUUGGAGCCCAAGAAUCCAGAGCCAACACCAAAAGAGUUGCUGGCACGUUUGGUUAUAUGUCUCCAGAGUACUUUAGAGAAGGACUAUUCUCGGCUAAAUCAGAUGUGUUCAGCUUCGGUGUUCUGAUGCUCGAAAUCAUCUGUGGAAGGAAGAACAACAGUUUCCACCAUGACUCAGAAGGGCCUCUGAAUCUCAUAGUUCAUGCGUGGAACCUGUUUAAAGAGAACCGAAUUAGAGAGGUGAUAGAUCAGUCCUUGGGAGAUUCUGCACUUGACAGCCCUCAAGUGUUGAGAUGCGUUCAAGUUGCUCUCUUGUGUGUACAGCAAAACGCAGAGGAUAGACCUAGUAUGUUAGAUGUUGUGUCCAUGAUUUACGGCGAAGGAAAUAAUGCUCUUACUUCGCCUAAAGAGCCAGCUUUCUAUGAUGGUCCCCGGAGAAGCUCGCCGGAAAUUGAUAUUGAGACACCGGAGCCAGAAAAUGUAUCGGCAAAUAGGGUCACUAUCACAGUGAUGGACCCAAGGUGAGCUGCUGGUGACUGGUGAGGUAAAGAUAAAACUGAACUUCCAUGAUAUAGUUUUACUUCUUCGACUCUCCCAUGUUUCUGUAUGUGGGGUUAACAUGUAACUUAGCCCUUAUAUUGUCAUGUAAGGAUGUAAUACAUGUAUACACAUUGUCUUUUAUAUUCAGACUCAAAUUUACAGACCAUUCAGUAUGUUGUGUGGACCGGAAUUCGCAUUAUUUAGUCUUUUUAACCAGAUAAUGGCCGGUGACAAACAUCCAACACGCUCAACUUGGAAUGCGACGCAAUAGCAUCACCUUGGAAUUCAACACGCAUCAUUAUCUGCUUGUGAGUUGAAAAUAAACUGAACUUCCAUGAAACAGUAUAUUUUACUGCUUUGACUCUCCCUGUUUCUUUGUUAUCUUGGAAUCAAUGCAAUAGCAUAAUCCUUGGUGCUUUUACAUCGUUUUCUUGUUUUGUAAUUUGCUAAUGAUAUUCGUUAGCUCUCUCGCUAUAUAUAACUUGGCUAUUUUUAUCGAGAAGAAGUAAAAGAAGAAGCCAUUUUUCAUAUAUAUAUAUGACGGCAGAACAUGAACCAAAUCAUCUAAAACUCGAAGGAACAGAGAUAUUUGUUGUGUUUUGGGGGAUUAGGGAAAACUUUAUAUAUCUUUUCUCUCCUCGAGUUUCAGGUCUAACCCUAACCGUAGAACUCAGCCAUGUCUUCUAAGCAAGGAGGGAAAUUGAAACCCUUGAAGCAGCCCAAGUCUGGUAAGAAGGAAUACGAUGAGCACGAUAAGGAGUUAAUGCAGAAAAAGAAGGAUGAAGAGAAGGCGCUUAAAGAACUUAGGAGCAAGGCAUCACAAAAGGGAUCGUUCGGUGGUGCAGGUCUUAAGAAAAGUGGCAAGAAAUAAUAAGAGUCCCUUCUUCUCCUCCUCAAUUGUAAAAAAAAUAGCUCAAAUCUCUUUCUUGUUGGGAAACUCAUAUUUGAAAGAAAAAAAAAAUCUAUAUAUACAUAUGCUUUGUUCUAUAACAAUUAACAUCGUGUUGCAAAGUUAACAAACACACAUAAAAGUUACUCUC